CAAAUAGUAUUAUCAUAUUGAUCUGAAUUACGUUCCCAAAAAAAAAAAAAAGUUUCUCAAACAGCUCUUGCAAAAAAAGAAAUAUCCCACGGACUUUGGCAAAAUAGAUCCAAAUUAGUGAAAAUUGGUACUCCGUCUAUCCGACAGAAGCUCCAUCCCAUCUCCGACCGCCAUUCCUCUACGUGCCAAAGAUCAAUUCACUGUUUGUACUCUUUAAAGAUCAACAAUUACACCACAAUCUCCGUUAAACCGAUCAAAGUUAUUUAAGCUCUGGUCAUGGUUCCUGAGGUAGAUCCAGAUGAUCAUGCUCUGAUGAUUGAAGAAAAUCAUCCGCAUACGAUGCUAAUUGAUUCAAAAAGAGAUCGCUUUCCGUGCUGCAUUGUAUGGUCACCGCUUCCUGUCCUGUCUUGGUUUAUCCCCUUUAUUGGGCAUAUAGGUAUUUGUAGGGAGGAUGGCGUAAUCUUGGACUUUGCAGGCCCAAACUUUGUGUCUGUUGACAAUUUCACAUUUGGGGCACCAACUCACUAUUUCCAAAUAAGCAAAGAGCAGUGCUGCUGCAUUUCUCCUUAUUCAGCUGAUGAACAUACCGGUGAAUAUGCCCAGAACCAUGAUGAAACUGGAAGCAAUGAUGACACUUGGGAAUCUGCCUUACGGAAGAGCAUUCAAGAAUUCCAACACCGAUCUUACAGCAUUUUCACUUGCAACUGCCACUCUUUUGUAGCUAAUGGUUUAAACAGGCUGGGGUUUCAGGCUGGUGGAUGGAAUGUAGUCAACUUGGCCAUUUUCAUUUUUCUCAAGGGACGUUGGGUAAAUAAAACAUCUAUUGUUAAAACCUAUUUACCGCCUCUCGUUGUGCUUGGUUUAGGACUCAUCUUUGGAGGAGGGACUUUCCUUACUUACCUGAUGAUUUUCAUGUUUGUUCUUAUUGGUUGGUUUCUCCUCGGUACAUACUGUUUCAAGAAGUUAAUCCAUGUGUAGUCUGACACUUGUAAUUUUGGACAUGAUACAAGUAACUUGUUUAGUUAUAAUGCUCAUGUCUUAGAGCUGGUAACUUCAGGUUCUGUAUAUGUCAACGGUACUCCUCAGUCGGGGAAGCUGGCUUCUGUUCCACUUAAAAGAUUUUUUAAAGUGGUUGUUUCUUGUUCUAUUGAGACUUGAUGUAGUAGAGGCUUGAACUUA